AUGGAGUCAAAAGUGAGUGAAGACCACCUGGCUGGUCGUCGGGCACGCGAAGUCUAUCGCUAUUUCCAGCCCGAACGACUUGAUACGAUCCACAAGAGCUCCUCGCCGGCCGCCCAGCGGGGGUCACCGUUCAAGCUCAUACCAGACAACCUCGAGACGAUGGAGGAAAGCUUCUCAGCUGCACCACCUCUAAAGCAGAACCUGGAGGGAGCGUCGCGCUCCUGGGCGCCCCUCCAGCCAAUGCCCGAAUCGUUGAUCCUUGGCGAAGACAAUGCUACGCUGAAUUCUUUUGCACAACUAGCCGCCCUAAGAUUAAAUGUGGAUCGCGUCUUUAUCAGUAUUUCGGAUCGGGACUCCCAGUUCAUCAUUGCGCACUCUGGACAGACGAAACAGAGCGACAGAAGGUACGACCUUGUCGGGAAAUGGAGUGAGACGGGCUGUGAUACUCUGGAUCUCGAGGCAUGGAAAAUGUGCAAUGCAAGUUUCUCAUCUACAAGCCUCUGGCUCGACACAGUUGCUCUACGCCCAUCCAAGCGUGAAAGUGGACAAUAUGAAUUCGUGGUCUCCAAUGACAUGACCGAGGAUAGUCGAUAUCGAGACCUUCCAAUUGUGACCGGAGAGCCGGGAUUUCGCUUCUACGCUGGCACGCCUCUGACAACGGAUAGCAACGUCAACAUCGGUUGCUUUUUUGCGCUUGAUACAAAAGCCCGCCCUGAAUUCACCCACGCAGACAAGGAAACGAUGGGCCAUAUGGGUAUGCUUAUCAUGGAUUUCUUAAAAGUGAGCCGUCAAGCUUCCGAUGGUCGACACGCGGCCCGAUUAUCGCAAGGAAUCAGCUUUUUCGUUGAGGGGCAUGCUUCAUUCGAUAAAAGCACUCCACGGCCAGCCUCGCGAAACUUCAGUGGACGCCCUGAGAACCCGGGCAAUUCUCCCCCGCCACCGCAUUCGCCCUCUGUGGCGACGCAUAACGCCCAAGAAGGAACAAGUCGGUCGCGCUCUUGCAGCAGUGGCGGACAGUCAUGGAGCACCCUCGCGGACAGUGUGGACGAUCGUGCGAUCCCUUCUAGUCUUGAUUCUCACAUUGCCGAUGUUCGCUCAGCGUCCCAGUCGGGAGAUGCGGAACGGCUUCCUGCAAAGUUGUGGACCCUUCGUCGAGCGGCGAACUUGAUCCGUGAAAGUCUAGAGAUUGAAAAUAACAGCGGCGUCAUUUUUCUCAAAGCCGGUGAGGACUUCGCUCUUGAUAUAAGUGCCGACAGCGAUUCAUCUCAGUCAAGUUUUGCGGAUCCCGCUAAAUCGGCACCCGUCUUGGCCCUUUCCACCCCAGAAGUCCCUUUCGGGCCAGACUCUUCUUCUCAAAUUUUACCGCCGGCAACGGACUUGGAUGAAGACUUCCUUCGAGGCUUGCUCAAGCGACACAAGAGGGGGCAUAUCUGGAACUUUCAUCGAGACGGGCUGGUAUCCGGUUCUGAUAGUGAAGACCAUAUGCAGGGAAGUGAUAGGCGCGGCAGGAAUCCAUCCGACCAGCCGUCGCCAAGACGGACGAAUAAGGCGAAUGAGAACAUCUGCUUGAAUCGGUACUUUCCCGGUGCCACCCAGGUCUUAUUUGUGCCUUUGUGGAAUGCGGCCAAUUCACAGUGGUUUGGUGGCUUCUUCUGCUGGACCAAUGUCGAGCACAAGGUAUUCAGUGCAUCUAUUGAGCUUAGCGCACUGCUGAGUUUCGGAUCAUCGAUCAUGGCUGAGUGCAGCCGUAUCGAAUCUGUUCUCUCCGACGAACAAAAGGAUGACUUCUUGGGCAGUAUCUCUCACGAAUUGCGGAGCCCGCUGCAUGGCGUUCUGGCAGCUACGGAAAUGCUGAAAGAGACCAAUCUGGAUCAGUACCAAAAAUCCCUGAUCGAAACCGUCGAAGCCUGUGGCCGGACUCUCCUCGACACCAUGAACCAGGUCCUCGACUUCAGCAAGCUCAUGGCCCUGGAGCGGAAGUCGCGCCGUCGAAGACGUCGCAAGGCUAUGUCGCAAGAACUCGACAACUCGACCUUCUCUGCCGCAAGGCUUGAUCUGUGCACGCCGACCGACCUGUCAGUUGUCGCGGAGGAAGUUGUCGAAGGGGUCUUCCUGGGUCACCUGUACAAUCAGAAAUCGGCUGCCUCACUUGAUCUUCUUGGCACCUCACUGGUCGCACAGGAAUUUCCUGCAGAUUUCCAUACGUUCAGAUCCAAUGUCAAGGUGAUUGUGGACAUUGCAUCUGAGGAUUGGAACUACCACGCACCUCCUGGAGCUGUGCGCCGCAUCAUUAUGAAUCUGUUCAGUAAUGCGCUCAAGUACACGUCCUCCGGUCAUGUCCGCCUCCGUCUGGAAACUGAGGAAAAGUCAGAGAUGCCGUCGAAGAAAAUCACGCACCGAGAUCGACACAAUCAGCGGAAUGUGGUUAUUACUGUCUCCGACACCGGCAAAGGUAUCUCUGAGGAAUUCCUCCGCGGAAAAUUGUAUAUCCCUUUCGCGCAAGAGGACAAUCUUGCGGUAGGCUCGGGCCUUGGCCUGUCAAUUGUUCGAAGUUUAAUCCGGUCUCUCGGUGGCAGCAUUGAAAUCCAGAGCCGCGUGGGAGAAGGAACAACCGUGAGGGCAGCCAUUCCGCUCAAACCCACAGAGCGUGAUCUCGUCCGACACGCCCCAGCUGGUGUGACCUCGCCCGUCCGGGAAGCCGAAGGCAUAAUCGGCGAGGGGUCUCCUUUCCGUGCUUACGAAGGAAGGACGGUUGCAAUUGUCGGCGUCGACCCAAGCAAAGCCCUGGGCGAUCCCGAUUGGACUGACCUCGCUCAUUAUGUCAGCGAUUGGUAUGGACUCAGAUUAAUCUCCACUUCUUCGUCUACGCCCAUCGAUCUUCUCUUGGCCGAUGAGCUCCCUACCGAGGAUGCGAUCCGCGAGACGUUUGCUAGCCGGAGGACUGCCCUGCUCGUUGUGGCCGAUCAGCAUGUGGACUCUGAUCAUCUGCGGGGCCAAAAGCUUGGAGAGAUCAAAUCAAUUAACAUCAUCAAUCGUCCUUGUGGUCCUCACAAGCUCUGGAGACACGUCCGAAAAUGCUUCGAGGACACAUUGACCGCGUCUCCUGACAUGACUGCACUCAUCUCGACCCAGAAUUACGACUCGUUUUCGAUCAAGUCGCUCGUCGCUAGUCUUGACCUUCCCAUGCAGUCGUCUGCAAAGGGGAAGUUGUGCGCAAAAAGCGAACCCAGUCAAUUUCUAUGCCGUCAGGUGGAGGAUAACAAAGUCAACCUAAACUUGAUGCUGGCGUACCUCAAAAAGCGCCAAUUCGAGAAUCUCGACUCGGCGGAGAAUGGCAGUAAAGCCGUUGAGGCCGUGAAAAAGCAAGAUGACGACAAUUAUGACAUUAUUUUUAUGGAUAUUUCUAUGCCGGAAAUGGAUGGGUUUGAAGCGGCCCGUGAGAUCCGUGCAUUAGAGAAAGAGCGUGGCCCGGAUGCCAAGCCUGCGGUCAUCAUCGCAUUGACGGGCCUAAGUAGCUCAGAGGAUGAGAACAGAGCCCUCGAAGCGGGCAUGGACAUGUUCUUGACCAAACCUAUUUCUUUCAAGGACGUGGGGAAGUUGCUCCAAACAUGGAAGGAGCAGCGUGCGAAGCUGGAUCUCGAAUCCCCCGAAUAG